CGUGGCUAACUCUGGGCUCACGCAGUCACCAAAUUUCCCCUCUCCGACGCGGCCGUGUUCCUCGCCUUCCGCCUCCUGGAAUCCGAAACCGCCACGCCACCAUAGAGAAUGUGGUGGGACGAAGAAUUCCGAGAAGAAGAAGAAGAAGAAGCGGAGGAAGAGGAGCAGCGAGAAUCUCCGGUCGAUUUCGAUUUCUUCUCCCUCCUGUCCAAGCCAAAGGAUUACUACAAGAUACUGGAAGUUGAUUAUGAUGCUACUGAAGAAAUAAUCCGUUCCAACUAUAUUCGUCUGGCAUUGAAAUGGCAUCCUGAUAAGAAAAAGGAGGAAAGUGCUACUUCAAGAUUUCAAGAAAUUAACGAGGCAUACAAAGUUUUAAGUGAUCCUGUCAAAAGGCGAGAGUAUGAUGAGAAGGGAGUCUGUGUAGUCGAAGACUAUAAUGCUAUUGAAUACCUGAACCGAUACAAGGGCCUGAUAUUAACAUGCAAUGGCCUUGGCAUUAGAUAUCCAAUAUGGUGAAUCAACUGCAAGCGGUGGAACAAUACUGGAGAAGAUAGAGACUUAUCAUGUGAUUUCUCGACCAAGUGCGGUACAUUUCUCAAGUGGAUCAUAUAAAACGGCAAGCAUACGAUAAGAUGCAUGUAAAAUUUUCAAUGUCGUCUCAGUUGUUGCUGAAGGCUGAUGACAAACAGACUUUUGUGUC